UCUCUCUCGUCUUUCACGUUCAAUCUGUGUUGCGGACUUGUGGGUUUCUUACUUUUUAGUAUGAUGGAAACCCUAAUUUCUUCUCAAUCUCUCCCAAAUCUCCCUCUCUUUCUCUCAUUCUUUCUGAUCAUUUACUUGAUCGCUUAUUUCGUUGUAUUUCGCAAUUGGAGCCCCAUAGUCCGACCCGAAGCCUCCAGUUGCUUGAUUUCGCUCUUCCAUGGCACUCCGGCGGUUUUUCUUGCCGCCAGUGCAAUCAUCGCGGACUCGAACCGCGGUUUCUCGUCGCCGAACACUGGAGCUCAGAAUUCAGUUCUCGAUUAUAGCAUUGGCUACUUCUUGACUGAUCUCCUUCACUACAUUGUCUUCUAUCCUCGCGAUCUCCUCUUUAUUGGCCACCACUUGGCCACUCUUUUCGUGUUCGUCACCUGCCGAUACCUGGUCUUGCACGGAGCCUUCUCGAUUUUGGUGCUCUUGGUGCUCGCCGAGGUCACCAGCGCCUGCCAGAACGUCUGGACUCUUGCGACGGCACGGAGAGGCGAUUCGAAGUUUGCAGCCAAAGUGUAUGAUCUCUUGUCCCCUCCAUUUUAUGCGUUUUACUCGGUUGUUAGGGGAAUUGCGGGUCCUUAUUUCGUGUACAGAAUGGGGGUCUUCUUUAUCAGUGGCGAAGCUGAUAGUGUGAUUCCUAGAUGGGUUUGGAUUUCAUGGAUGGUUGUGGUGGUGAUGGCUAUUUCAGGUAGUCUGUUGUGGAUUUGGAAUUUGUGGGUCGAGUUGUAUAGAGGCAGGAGAGUUAGAUUGGAGGAGAAAUUGAGGUAACUAAUGGUAUUGGAUCGGGGAAAAAUAGAAUUGUCUUUUUCUUCUCUGUUGUAUUGAUUGAGGCUAUAAAAUCGAAUAAUUGGGCCUGCAAAUGUUGUUUAUGUUGAAACUUUUUCGUGAAUUGUGUAAUUUAAGAUUUUAAAUUUCAAGAUAGAAAUCCCUUCUUUCUAGCUCA